AAGUUGGGUGCUCUUCGGUCUGUCAAUUUGCUCGGUGUAAAUAUGAUAUUCGCGUGAACUUCACUACUUAAUUUGUGUUUGGUGAUUGUUAAACUUAAUUUGUAUAAGGAUUUGCACAGUAAAAAUGGAUUCCUUAAAUAAUGCUUUGAGCGCCAUUAAAAAUUUGCGAUCGAGUGUUGGCCAUGUUUUCGAAGUUUUAGCAAAUGGAGUGCAAGCUCAUCAUGGCGAUGAUGGCCGGGAUUCAAAGUUUCUAGUUCAGUUCCAGGAGCUGUUCAAUAAUGUGAAUUUAAAUUUAAGAGAGGUCGAAUCUGUUAUUAACGGCUUAACUCCGCCACCGGCUCCCUUCAACUUGGGACACACAGCAGCCCUUGCACAAGAGACAACAGACGAGCGCCAGGCCCUUUACUCGCAACUCGUGAAUAGUUACAAAUGGGUGGAUAAGAUUCACGAGUACAGUUUUCUAGCGAACAAUAUUUUAAACUGUAAUUCCCUGCGACGUUCAUAUAUUUCAUAUUCCAAUAAGAGGGGCCGCUUACAAAUUUCGUCCUGUAAUAACACAUCUCCGCAACAUGUGGACAAAGUACUUAAUGAACUAAGCUUGAAUUCCCUACAAACAAACUAUAAAAUUUGGAGGCCCUUUGGAUCGAAUGCUGUGGUUAUUGUUAACAUCGGUAGAAUACUCAAAGCUGCAAUUGUCUUCAAAGGCGUCAUGAUUGAAUGGGUAACAGUAAAAGGAUUCGACGAGAGUUUGGACGUGGAUGAUCUAUGGACAGAAUCCCGCUAUGAAGUUUUCCGCAAAGUACAAGAGCAAACUCAUUCGGCAAUGUUGCAUUUCUUCUCACCAACUCUUCCAGAUUUGGCUGUUAAAAGCUAUAUGACUUGGAUCCACAGCUAUAACAAAUUAUUCACAGAACCUUGCAGAAGAUGCGGAAAAUACUUGUAUAAUGCACUACCACCUACUUGGAGAGACCUUCGGACAUUGGAACCGUUUCACGAGGAGUGCAAGAACUGCUAAUAAUGGACGUUAGUAAUAGGAAUGAAUGAAAAGUUUAAGAUCUACAUAAUUUGUAAGUUUAAGAUAUUUAAAGAGAACUGAAUAAAUACAAGAACGAGAAAAUUA